CUCUCUCUCUCUCUCUCUCUCUCUCGCUCUCCCUCUCUCUCUCCCUCUCUCUCUCUCUAGAGCGUCAUGGAAGUGAACACUCUGAAGGCUAUUUUCCUGGUGCUGCUGGUCCAGAUGUGUCCAGAAGACGCUGCUUCUUUGGAGUUAAACUUCUCACUCCCUGAAGUUCUGCUUGAUCCAAACUCCUCCUUUACUGUGGUGUGUUCAGGGUGGGGGCCGGUGGUCUGGCGCUUCCCCACGGCGGCGGCGGUCCCCGACGGGGUGUCCACCGAGGAGCAGGGCUCCACCAGCACCCUGCGGCUCCACAACGCCAGCUGGAGCCAGGCGGGGCGGUACGCGUGCGAGGAGCCCUCGUCCCGCCAGACCAAGAGUCUGGACGUCUUCAUCCCAGGGGACGGCCCCGAGGAAUGGUUCGUCCCGGGAGGCGGCGGGACGGUGACGAAGGUCGGGGAGGAAGGCACCAUCCCGUGCGCGGUGUCCGACCCGCGCCUCAACGUGUCGCUGUACGAGCGGGACGGCAGGGAGCCGGUGGGGGCCGUCCGGUACCACGCCGCGCAGGGCUUCAGCGGGCCGCUCAACGACUCGCCCUACCGCUGCGUUGCCCGGGGCGACGGCCAGGAGAAGACUUCCCGGACCUACUAUGUGUUCAGCAUCAUAGUCCCGAAGGUGUUUGAGGUCCAGAUGGAGUGGUCCGGACCGAUCCAUCUGGUCGGUGAUGCUCUGAUGGUUAACUGCACCGUAGAUCGCCCUGAUGUGGUCUACUUUACCUGGCAGUACCCCCGAAGACAGGUGAUAGAGCCACUGACCGAAUUCCUGCCCAAUCAGAUUCGAUCAAUUGUCAACAUUUCCAUGGCAACACUGGAUGACUCAGGUGUCUAUGUGUGUUUGGUCGAGGACGGGGUGCAAGACCAGACUACCAAAACUGUGAAUAUCACUGUACUAGAGCGAGGCUUCGUGCGUGCUGAGGCCCGGGGGGGUCCAGACGUCUCCCGCUCCCUCGACGGAGACUUGGAGAUGCAGGUAGACGUGGUGGCCUUUCCCCCCCCCAACAUCACCUGGCGCCAUGGCGACAGCCCCAUCCCCACGGACACCGGCCUGGUCUCCACCACCAAGACCAGCAGCACCAGAUAUGUGAGCAGGCUGCUGUUGGUGGGAAUCCGGAGGGAACAGAGUGGGUCGUACACCGCCACCGUGGUCAACCAGGACGAGCUCAGAGAGGUCACCUUCAACGUAGAGGUCACAGCGCCCCCUAGGGUACAUCAGCUGUCGGAGUCUGCUGCUCUCGGCCGUCAGACCGUUCUGUGUGUUGUUGAAGGAGAUCCCGCACCUUCUCUUCAAUGGUACAGCUGUCAAUCACAGCAAAGGUGUGAUGGUAAGACAGACCUCUGGCAGAAUCUCUCUACGGGUUACAAUGGAGUCGAGAUUCAGACCAACGUCUCUCAUCCUGGAGGCCAAAAUUUCACACAGGUCCACAGUCUGCUGGUCCUGCCCAGCCUGCACUCUGUCAGCGCAGUCCGCUGCGAGGCCAAGAACCAGCUCGGCCGCCGGGCCUGGGACCUCCGCCUGGUGACCACAUCUGGAAUUCCUCUUAUUCUGUUAUUGGUCGUCGCUAUUCUGGUUGUCCUGACUCUUGUCUUCCUCAUCAUCCUCAUCAUCGUCUGGAGAAAGAAACCGCCCUAUAAGUGCAUGUGGAGAAUCAUGGAUCCAUCCGGAUCUGAAGGAAAGCUUUACUCCUGCGUCGACCCUGCCCUCCUGCCCAGCACCUCAGCCUGGGAGGUUCCACGGGACAGCGUCAUCCUUGGGUCUCCGCUGGGUGCAGGGGGGUUCGGUCAGAUUGUUGAAGCCUCGGUGACCGGCUGGUCUGACUGCAGCACCAGGGUGGCCGUGAAGAUGCUGAAACCAGGGUGCAGCACUGAGUCCUCUCUGAUGUCGGAGGCCAAGGUUCUCGGAGUGCUGGGGCCUCAUCUGAACAUCACCAACCUGCUGGGGGUCUGUGGUCCCCCAGGUUCCUUCUUCCUGAUAACUGAGUUGUGUGGUCACGGUGACCUGCUUGACUACCUGCACCGUCACAAGCACAGCUUACUGACCGACGAAGUCCCACACCUGGACAAAAGUGAGGCCGUAGAGGGAGGCUAUAUGGACAUGAUGAAUGGAGAUGCUCAGUGUGUUGCCAUGGAGACGCUUGGCGAUCCAUCCCACCCUGAACUCAACCCGAGCCCUGAGGACCCGCUGUGUGGGGAUGCUGAUCCUGGUCGUCAUGGUGACUCCUCUAGCCUCACCCUUCAGGACCUCAUCAGUUUCAGCCACCAGGUGGCCGAGGCCAUGACCUUCCUGUCCUCCAAGAACUGUGUCCAUAGGGACCUAGCAGCCAGGAAUGUGUUGGUGUGUGGGGGGGGGCUGGUGAAGGUGGGAGACUGGCGUCUGUCACAUGACCUCCACAAGGAUCCAAGCUACGUCGCCCGCGGAAACUGCUACCUGCCAGUGAAGUGGAUGUCUCCAGAGAGCAUCUUCCAGAGCGUUUACACCACGCAGAGCGAUGUCUGGUCCUACGGAGUUCUGCUGUGGGAGAUCUUCUCUCUGGGGGAGGCUCCAUACGCAGACCUGAGCUCCACCAACAAGUUGUGUUCAGCCCUGAAGACCGGAUACCGCAUGGCCAGACCCAAACAGGCUUCCCAGGACCUAUACCAGCUGAUGAUUGGCUGUUGGAAGGCGGAGCCGACCUCCAGACUCUCUUUUACUUCUUUAGCCGUUGCUACUGGCAACGUGCUGGACCACGCCCACAAACAGCUGUACUCCCAGCUGAAGCAGAACUUCCUGAGUGGAGAGAACACAGCGAUAACCAGAUCAAGAGCCGCCAGGACAGACAAACAGCCUGGUAACCUAGAGGACCACCCCCCUGAGGUUUUGGUCGACCGAACACGUACAGAGCUCCCGGAGGCUGGCUCCUCCCACAGCUACCUGGUCACCAUGGAAACCAGUGCCCGGGUGCAGGCAGGUCCUGAAAACCUCCAAACCCCGUGACCUGGCUGUUAUUGAGGCCGCCCCAGAAUCCCACGAUGCCUCAAUGGUGGAACAAACAUCAGACCUGAUGGAUGCAAGAUAAGAGUCCCCCUGGUACAUAUCUCAUCUACUUCAAGAUAAGAGUCGCCCUAGGACAUAUCUCAUCUACUUCAAGAUAAGAGUCCCCCUAGUACAUAUCUCAUCUACUUCAAGAUAAGAGUCGCCCUAGGACAUAUCUCAUCUACUUCAAGAUAAGAGUCUCCCUGGUACAUAUCUCAUCUACUUCAAGAUAAGAGUCCCCCCAGUACAAAUCUCAUCUACUUCAAGAUAAGAGUCCCCCUAAUUAAUAACUCAUAUUCUUCAAGAUAAGAGUCCCCCUAAUUAAUAACUCAUAUUCUUCAAGAUAAGAGUCCCCCUAAUUAAUAACGCAUAUUCUACAAGAUAAGAGUCCCCCUAAUUAAUAACUCAUAUACUUCAAGAUAAAAGUUCUGCUAAAUCGGAAUAAAGAACAUAUACUACAAGAUAAGAGUUCUCCUGAACCUGAAUAAAGAACAUGUACUACAAGACAAGAGUCCUCAUGAAUUACCAUCAUUGUUAUCAUUGUUGUUUUAUUAUUAUGAUAACUAUCAUCAUCAUUGUUAUGUAUAUCAUGUUAUGUUAUCAAGUAAUGUGCUUUAUAAUAUUGUUUUGAGUUGUAUUAUAAUUGUUUGAGCUGUAUGGUAACAUGUUUGGAGCUUAUGAAUGAUAGCAUGAGUUAUGGUUACAUAAUGAGAUAUUGAAAGCUAUCUACAUAUGAUAAUGUAUGUUAGGGUUAGCUGAUAUCUAAAUGAUAAAUAAAUAUCAUAAACGAUAAUAUAA